CUUUUCCGCGCCUUUUCUGAAAAGUUAGUUAGUUUUCACGUUUCUUGGGUUUUAUUUCUUGACUUUGAGUUCACAUAAUUUUAUUUCAUUUUCAAUGUAUGCCAAAUACUGCGAUAGUCAGAGCAAUGGUAUCCAGGAUUCUGUUUGUCAAAAAGAUGAACCUGAUGAAAGGCCUUCAAACCCAAUGCAGUAUGUAAGAAGUACUUCAGGAGCAAGCGGAAUUCCAGACGAUAUUAAUGGUGCCCCGGCUAGUUUUCAUGGAUCCCCUAUUAUUGAUCAGCCAUUGGUUGAUUUAGCUUUGAAAAAUACAGAAUGUUUAUCCGUCUCUAGAGUUCUUGUAUUAUACACCGGUGGCACUAUUGGAAUGAAACGUGAAAAUGGUGCAUACUGUUCAGUGGAAAACUUUUUUCUGCCUACUUUAUCAAAAAUGCCAACAUUUUGUGAUCCAGAGUUUAAAACUAAUCUGACACAAUUUAACUAUGAACGUAUACAUGGUAGAUUACGCAAAAGUGAUAUACCAAGACAUUCUAGCGUUUUAUAUUCACGAGGUUCAAGACGCCAAUCUAGCAUAACAGCAUCUGAUCAUAUACAGACCUAUGCCUUACCAAUUGAUAAAACAGGACAUCGAAUCAUGUAUACAAUUGUCGAAUAUUGGCCACUGUUGGAUUCAUCUGAUUUAAGUAUGAAUGAAUGGAAGCGUAUAGCACAGGAUAUUUAUGCUUUUUAUGAUCAAUUCGAUGGAUUCGUUGUAUUACACGGGACUGAUACACUUGCUUAUACAGCGUCAGCUUUAUCAUUUAUGCUAGAGAAUUUGGGGAAACCAGUUGUUCUUACUGGAGCACAACUUCCUGUCUUUGAAUUUCGUAGUGAUGGAUGGAAUAAUUUUCUUGGUGCAUUAAUGAUUGCUGGUGGGAAAUAUGCAAUAUGCGAAGUGACAGUAUUCUUUCAUGACAAAUUAUUUCGUGGUUCUAGAGUGGUAAAAUGCUCAAGUAAUAAUUUCGAUGCGUUUGAAUCACCAAAUUAUCCAGCAAUCGCUGAAUUAGGCACUGAAAUUGUAGUAAAUUAUGAUCUGAUUUUUCGAACACCUGGAAUGCCUAAACCAUUCUGUAUUCAUACAAAUCUAUGUCAAGAUGUUGCAAUCCUUAACAUGUUCCCUUUGAUAUCUAAAGAGCAUAUUGUUUCAAUGCUGGCACCACCAAUUAAAGGGGUUGUUCUUCGAACCUACGGAGCUGGUAAUGUUCCAAGUUCACGUCAAGAUCUAUUAGAUGCACUGAAAGAAGCUUCUGACCGUGGAGUACUUAUAGUCAAUGUUACUCAAUGCUGGCGUGGUGGAGUGAAAGCAAUUUAUACAACUGGACUGAUUCUUAAUGAAUAUGGUGUUACUCCAGGCUAUGAUAUUACAACUGAAGCAGCACUUGCUAAACUGGCGUAUAUACUAAGUAAAACAGAAAAUGCAGAUUAUUCUACUAAGCGUAACAUGCUAUUAUGUAGUCUAAGAGGUGAAGUGACUGUUGAAGGCGAAGAUUCCAGAGCAGCUAACUUAUCAAUAUACAGUGUGAAUAGUCUAAAUCAAGACAAAAAUAUCAUGUUAUAUUUCGCUUCAUUAUUUUCAUCUGCUGCAUCCGCUGACUCUGAAGGCAUUGGUGCAAUGUGGAUGCAACGAAUUAUUCCAGUGUUGGCGUGUUGUGCUGCUGCAUCGAAUAAUGUAACGUGUUUAAAAGAAAUGCAGCAUAUCAUUGGUCAUUUACAGAAAUGCUCGCUGGUAGGUUGAAAGCCAAUUGAAUAUAAAUGCUUAUUCGACACUGAAGGCUCUACACCAUUACAUAAAUCUGCAUUCUAUGGUCAUGUUUCAGCGACGAAAUAUCUAUUAGAAUGUGGAGUCUCUGUUCAUAUAUCCGAUAAAUGUGGAUACACGCCAUUGGAUUAUGCUUUGACUAGUUUGGCUUUAUCUGAAGAAGUAGUACAUUUGUUAUUAAAUUCUGGUGCUAUUUUAAAUUCUGAAAGUCAUCUAGUAAUUAAAUCAGUUCAUCAAGCAGUUGCACAAGAUGAUGUUCGACGACUACGGUUGUAUUUAUUGUGUGGAUAUCAAUUUGAUAAUAUAGAUGAUGAAGGCCGUUCAGCAUUGCAUGUGGCUGUUGCACAUCAUCAACUAGAUACAAUCAAAUUUCUUCUCACUCCAAGAAAACAACAACAACAAGUAGUACAACAGCAGCAACAGAAAAGACUACAACAGAAACAGACAAACGCUAGUGAUACAAUAACAGAAUUAGAAGUAGACGGUGCUGGUAUCAGUCCACAUUGUCGAACCCUAUGGGGUACAAGUGCAAUAGACGAAGCGAAAUUACGCAAUUAUCCUGAUGUUGUAGAAUUAUUACAAAAAUAUGCCUAAUUUGAUAGUUAUUCAACCUAACAAUUUAUAGUUUGUUUUUGAAAAAAGAAUAUUUAAUUAGAGAGAGAGAGAAGAUUAGAUGAAAAUUCACAAAAUGCAAUCCAAAGUAUAGCACAUGCCUAAUGGAUAGGGUUCUAUAAUGUGUUGUUAUUUUUUUUUAAAUGAAAUAAUAAAUGGCAGCAUGAAAGCUUUUAUUCACUUUUUGCUGUAAUAUUUUGUUUUUGCCUGUUUAAUCAAGGUCAUUCCAUUCAGAAAUGAUCUACUCAUAGUUUCUUUUUUCACAAUUAAUUUUGAGCUCACCUUAAAAGUGAAGAUUGUGUGCUAUACAACAUGCACAUUGUACUGUAUUUCCUUUUACUAUUAUUAUUAUAUUAUUAUUUUCUUCAGUCUCAUCAGUUUACAGAUUAUUCCCGCUUUUUUUGUUUGUUUCGUUCAAUGGGAGUGAUGUUGUGUCUGCUUUUGUGUGUAUAUAUAGAGAUUAUUUUGCUUAACAUUCAGUUUUCUCCCCUGUUUGCCACCCGUGCGAGAAAAGCAGUCAAGACAGAAGUGUAUUGCUAUCAUUAUCAUUAUUAUUAAUAUUAUUUCAAUGAAAUAAAU